AUGCUCCAAGGCGUCCUCCUACUCCANCCCCCUUCGCGCGCCCUCUUCCGCCGUGAGAGCUACAUGGACCUGCUCCUCGAUCUCCUCGAUGCCGCAAACCCACCCGUCGUCCAGUCGCAAGUCCUCCUUGUCCUCGUCACUGCUCUCCUGGCAACCCCCGAGAGCACUCGCACAUUCGAGAAGAUGGACGGCCUUCUCGCCAUCGCCAGCUUGUUCAAGUCGCGCAGCACAUCCAGAGAAGUCAAGCUGAAGCUUGUCGAGUUUCUCUACUUCUAUCUCAUGCCCGAGACCCCUUCUGCCAACUCUUCCUCGGCUGGUCCGCAGAGAAAACCCAGCAAGCGUCGCAACACAAACGACUCCGUCGCCUUCUCAAAGACAACCGACGAAAAACAACGUCUGCUCGGCCAGUAUCUGAGCAACGUCAACGAGCUCGUCCAAGACCUCAAGGAGAAUGCUCCCUUUGCUUUCUAA